AAUAUCGGGAUGUUGUGGAAUUCUUAACGAGAGGCUUUAGUUUGUUUGAACUACAUCGAAACAUUUUUACGAAAGAUAAUGUUACGGCUGAGGUGAUAAUAGCUCGUUCUGAAGAAUACUUAUGUGGCCUAUGUCUACUAUCUCGCUUUCAGGGAUGGACUAAUGAAAUCGUGCAUUUUUUCGCAGAUGUUAUUAUGGUUUUUCAAAAUGAAAUUGCAAAACUUUCAACUCAGUUUAGCAUUCAUAACGGCAAUGAAAACGAUCAAUACGUAUGCCCAAUGGAAGAGAACGAAAUGAGCUCUGCUGGAAGGCCACGAUUUUUUAUUACAAAAGAACAAAUUGAUGGACUGCGUAGCUUGCACUUUUCUUGGAAGAAAAUUGCAGCGAUGCUUAAUGUUUCGGAAAGAACAAUACGGCGACGAAGAAAAGAACUUCGCAUGGAAAUUGGGCAGGCUGUGAGCUAUAGCGACAUAAGUGAUGAAGACCUUGACGCAAAUAUAGAACAUAUCUUAAAUCGUUCCGCAAAUUCAGGAGAGAGAAUGGUAUUUGGUGCACUGAAAGGAUUUGGUUUAAAGGUGCAGAGAGAAAAGAUCCGAAAUUCAAUCAGACGAGUUGAUCCUGUGAGCAGAGAACUAAGGAAAAAAACAUCAAUCCAUCGUCGAACAUAUAAUGUUACAAUUCCAAAUGCGCUAUGGCAUAUUGAUGGCAAUCACAAAUUGAUUCGCUGGAGAUUUGUGAUUCAUGGAGGUGUUGAUGGCUUCUCCAGAACCAUUGUCUACUUAAGAUGUUCAACAAACAAUACAAGCAGUACUGUCUUUCAGUUAUUUCUGCAAAGUAUUCAAACAUACAAGUGCCCUCGUAGAGUACGAAGUGAUCAUGGCACAGAAAAUAUUGAUGUUGCUCGUUGGAUGCUCUAUCAUUUUGGAAUUGAUGCUAAACCAUUUAUUACAGGGUUAUCUGUGCACAAUCAAAGAAUUGAAAGAUUGUGGAAAGAUGUUAACGCAUAUGUGACCAGUUAUUUUAGUAACCUCUUCCAUUAUCUUGAGUCAGUUGAUCUGCUUGAUCCAUUGAAUGAGCUACAUCUAUUUGCACUUCAUUAUGUGUUCAAGCCAAGAAUUAAUCAAGCUUUAGUUCUUUUUGUUACCCAAUGGAACAAUCACCCAUUAUCCACUGGACACAACAUGACUCCAUAUCAGUUAUGGGUUGAAGGUUUUUACAAGUUUGCAAAUGCCAAUCACGAAACUUUACGUGAAGUUGCUGAUCCUACUACAUUACACAUUGAUACUUAUGGACUAGAUGAUGACGGCCCUUUGCCACUAAUACAAACAGUUAAUCAUGUUGAAAUCCCUGAAUCAAGUCUUGUUUUAACACAGGACCAAGUCACUCUUAUAUCCACAUCUGUGAAUCCUUUGGAAGAGGACAGUGAACAUGGGAUACAACUAUAUGUAAAUACAUGCAACUUAUUGGAAAGAAUACAUAACUUAUAAGCAAAGAAUA